GUUUGCUUGAACAAUAUUUUUUCAAGUAACCAAUUCUAGUAGAUGCACAGAUCCACAGGCGAAUCCUGCCAGGAAAUACAACUUUUUCCUUCCUGUUCAUAGACACAAAAUAAUAUUGUUUUUCAUCAUGGAAAAGCUUUUGAAGAUUUUAUUAAAAUUGUUAAAAAAGAAGAUGAAUAUGUAUGUUGGACUAUACCUAUUAUUCAAGCUAUGAAAUUAAUUUAA